AUUUUUACAAAUGUUGCCAGCACAUUGCCACCAUUUAAUGAUGCGGCCACUAGCAAAUAAGUGUUGUUAAAAUAUGACAAUGGGUAAAAAAAGAAAAAUUCAGGAUAAUAGCACGGACAGUAUUAAUGCAAGUAAAAGAAUAAAUAACCAAAAAAUUAAAGAUGUAAUCGCGGAUGAAGUCAUGGAAAAUGUAUACGAGAACAGUGGUACUGAUGUUCAGACAAGCAUUAAUAAAAAAAGAAAGGACAAAAAAAAUAAAGUGAAAAUUGCGGAUGACGUUGUGAAAAAUGUAAAGGAAGAUCUUGAAACUGGUAUACAAUCGAACAAUAAGAAAAAAAGAAAGGAUAAAAAAAUUAAAGAUGUAAUCGCAGAGGACGUUGUUGAAAACCAAGACAGUAAAAUUAGUAACAAAAAAAGAAAUGGUAAAAAAAAUAAAGAUGGACUUUCGAAGGACAAUGUUAAAAACGUAAGUGAGGAUAGUGAAAGUGUUGUACAAUCUACCAAUAACUUUAGAGCGAUAAGUAAUAGCGGAACACCGAAAAAGAUCAUAUUUGUUGACGAUGAACCGCAGGAAGUGUCAACAUCGUCCAAUAAUAAAACUAAAAAAAGUAAACCUUCCAAGAAAAUAAAAGAAUACAACGACGAUAUAAUGAAAGAAGAAGAUGUAAAAGAUGAAGACAUCGAUAAGUUUUGUGAUGAAUUAGGUGAAGAAGACAAUAAACAAUAUGAAAGUUGGGUGCAAUUAAUAGAAGCUAGUUUAAGUUCGAAUAAAAAGAAACCAAAAUAAAAAUUUGUUCAUAUUUUAGUUGUAACAAGUUCCU